GUAGUUGUAGUGUUUUUAUAAAACUUAGCAUAAAAGGUGGAGCUUGGUAAAAACUGAUAAGUGAGAUUCUUUGGUUUUAUUUAGGUAUGUAAUAUGGUAGGUUUUGUUUUGCAAGGAUGACCUUAUUACUGUCAAGUCUCCUUUUGACGUAUUUGGUGGUAUACAUAGGUGCUGAAAACACAUACACGACGCAAUAUGACGGUGUGGAUUUGGAUGAGAUUUUAACGAACGACCGUAUGUUGACUGCGUAUAUCAACUGCUUGCUGGAUAAGGGUCCGUGCACGCCUGAUGGGAAGGAGUUGAAGAAAGAUCUCCCCGACGCCAUCGACAACGACUGCAGCAAGUGUAGCGAGAAACAGAAGGAGGGAUCAGAGAGAGUGAUGCACUACAUCAUAGACCACAGACCUGACGACUGGAACAAGCUGGAGAAAAAAUACAACGCUGAUGGUAGCUACAAAUUGAAGUACAUGACGAAGAAAAAGAAUUCCAGCGAAAACGACAAGAAAAAUUCUGUUGAGGACGAACAUUGAAAGUACUAUCAGAGGAAUUAAUCCUUAGACAGAUGGUGGACCUACUGUUUUCAGUCGGGUUAUGUUUAGCGCAGAUGGCAAAUUAGGACUAACAUAGACUUAACAUUUAAUCCAACCAAAUAAUACAAUAAUAAUAAUACGCCAUCUGUCUACAAAUCAAUUACUCUGAUGGCUUGGCACGACAACGAAAUUGACUGAGCAACAUUCAUACCGGACUAUGUUUUAAAAGUCGCUAUUAAAAGUUAGGGGUUAUAAUACUUAUUGUGUUUUAUGCACCCCAUUUAAGUAUAAACGUAUGGUAAAA